AUGAAGGAUCUUCAGUACUUGGACUUAGCUUCUAACAACUUCUCAGGGACCAUACCACGGUCACUCGUGCAUUUGAAGGCAAUGUCCCACAUGCCUGCUGAUAAUGACUCACUUUCAAAUGUUGUCUACUAUGGAUGGUCUCUUUGGGGCUCAAGAUCUGGAAGCAUGGUUUUUGUUCAAGAUGGUCCAUUUAAUUUUGUUUUAUUUUCGCCUGACUUCAGUCACAUCGUUAUGUUCUACACCGACAACUUAUCGGUUGUCACAAAAGGGCAGCAACUUGAAUUUACAACUGGAAUCAGGUUGAUGGUCAACCUUGAUCUGCCUUGUAACAAGUUAACGGGGAAGAUUCCUGAAGAAAUUAGUACAUUAACUGCAUUGAAAAGCUUAAACCUCUCAUGGAACAAUCUGAGCGGGACAAUCCCAACGAAAGUCGGUAACUUACAGUCUCUGGAAUCUUUGGAUCUAUCAUAUAAUGAACUUUCUGGAGAAAUCCCUACGAGCAUAUCAUCUAUGACAGCGCUGAGCCACUUGAAUUUAUCCUACAACAAUUUGUCUGGACAAAUACCAUCUGGAUAUCAGCUACGAACACUUGAUAAUCAGGCAUCCAUAUAUAUUGGAAACCCUGGUCUUUGUGGUCCACCUCUCUCGAAGAAUUGUUCAGAACCAAAGCCACCACCAGAUGCCAUGUAUGAGCAUAAAGAUGCGAGCGACGCAUUGUUCUUGUACCUCGGUCUGGGCGUAGGAUCAGCGAUGGGCCUCUGGGCUGUCUACUUCAGCUUGUUGUUCAACCGGAAGUGGAGAAUUGCUUGCUUCUUGUUUUCUGAUCGCUUGUAUGACCAGGUUUAUGUCAAGGUGGCCCUGACUUGGGCUUUCUUGACAAGGGCAUUGGAUAGAAGCUGA